AUGACUUUCGAGCAAACCUGCCUUGACGCAACUACCAUUUCGUCAAAAGCAAUGGAUGAUGGUCACACUUGGCUGUCGACGAAUGACAACACUAUUGUUCCGCCUCCAAUCACGGAAAUUUGGGCAGGGCAGUUCAAGAGGAUCCGAUGGCUAAAACCUGAGGCUAAUUCGGUUAAAUGCAACAUCAGUGUCUCUUGGGACCCUACUACUGGUAAUGCAGGCACUUCAUGGCUGGUCCGUGAUCACUCAGGUCUGGUUAUUUGUCAUGGCCGUAGAUCUUAUGCGUAUGUCUUCUCGGCCCUUGAGGUGGAGCUUUUAGGUUUCUUUUGGGCGAUGGAAUCCUUACAGACAAUGCGCUUUCGGAGCAUGGUGUAUGAGUCUCACCUCCUGCUGGCUAGGGAAGCAUUGCUUCAACCUUCUUGCUUCCCACACUUUAGUCCUCUCAUAAACAUUAUCUUCAACCUCUUACAAUCCUUUGAGCACUGA